CUGUGGUGAUGAGUAAGAGGGGAGAAACGACUCAGUGCUCUCUUUGUGGUGAGACAUUCCCUGGGUUAUCCUCUCUUCCAGCUUCUCUUCUCUGAUCCAGGAGGAAAGUCUCUGAGCCAGGAUUUGGAGACCCUAACUAGCUACCUCUUCUGGACCUCAGACAUCGGGACCUGGAAAGAGAAGAGGAUCCCGCACCAGUAUAUACAGAGUGGAUAUCGGAUGGAGAUUGGAACCCAUAGAUCUGUAACUUUUGUAUUUGGAAACUAAUGUUGACUCAACUCUCUUUAGAAUGGUUUCUGUCUGAACAGGAUGUUUUUCUUCAAACACUCAUUUUGUCAGUGUGGAGGCAGGGUAUCAACAGAGUGAAAAUCGUGGGCGUUCUACGGCUCUGUGAGUGCUUGGCAAACAGUGGAUAUUGUUUUGAAUUCAAACUCAGAGGGAGUGACUAAGUUUCCAGGUCCGAGCCCUCAUUCUACACCACUGUGUCACCUAUCCUCAGCAGCCACAGCAGGAAACUGGGAGACAGAAAGAGGUGGAGAUAGUGUGUUGGACUAAGUUCACCAGUGGAGCGGUCAUUUUUUCCUUCUUACCUGUCCUGUACCUGGACAGGACUUGAGAAAGGAGAUGGGAGCUGCCUUCAAGAGGUUCUGUGCUCGGUUCUGUUGCUGCUGUAGCGAUGCUGAAAGUGAGGAGGAGAAGGAGCCUUUAAUCAGUCCUGACACUUUGGAGUACUUUGACCGUGAGGCAAAGAAGCGGCGGGAUCAGGAACAGAACCUAUGGAGUGAGCCAGGCGACCCGAGCCACUCAGAGAGAGACGAUGACCGGAUCCUGUACAACCUCAUCCAGAACAGGAACCAGACCCGCAGGGGCUCGCUGGCGCACCGGCGUCUGAGUGUGGACAUUGAGGGGAUGAGAGAUCUGCGUCGGGAGGUCAGGGACAAGUGGAAGAUGAUCCUGGAGAAUUUAGGGUUCAUGGCAGAGGCGGAGUCUCUGCUGACGGUGUCUGCCAGUGCGUCGUAUGACCGUAUGAGGAAUGCCUCGGCGUCACGCACACUACUGCACACGCUCCACUCUGAGACAUCUAUCUUCAACACCCGGGAGGCCCCACCUGAGAGAUACCUCUUCAUACUGGAUCGUCUCAUAUACCUGGAUGCUGCUGAUGACUUCUUGGCGAAGGCUAGACGCUUCUACCCCAAGCGUGAUACUGAUGAUGAAGAUGAGGACAACCCGUUAGCCGUCAACCUGCCGUUGCUACUGGCCAGAGUGAACCGCACCAUGAACGGAGGAGGGAGCGAUGAUGAGGAUGAGAGGCUGGAUGAGGGAGAUGGGAGCGGAAGAGAAGAGGACAACUACUAGACAGAACAGGCGCUGCAAUGACCUUUGACGGUAGACAGGGGGCAGUAGUUAGUUGUUUAUGUUGCAGAGUUGGGAGUAUACAGUACCAGGAUGUCUGAUUCUGAAUAUACUCUGUUGAAAAUACUCUCCCAAUUUGCACUGACACUAGGGGCUCUAUUCAAUCUGUGUUGUUGAGGUGUUACAGAUUGCGCGAUAGAAAUGUAAAGGUAAUUUCUGAUUGAACCGACAUAUGCAGCGUUUACCGUGAAUGCAGUCUCCGCUAAC